AUGAGAGCUGCAAGAUAUUACGGCAAGGAAGAUAUCAGGAUCGAACAGGUUCCAGAGCCACCAUGUGGCCCUAAUCAGAUCAAAAUUGCCCCGGCAUUCGUCGGUAUCUGCGGGACAGAUCUCCAUGAAUACCUCGGCGGCCCUAACUUCUGCCCCGCCUCUAGACAUCCAGUCACAGGCGACCAGAUCCCCGUGACGCUUGGCCAUGAAUUCUCUGGCAUCAUCAAGGAGAUAGGCUCAGAAGUCAAGCAGGAGCAUUUCAAAAUCGGCCUCCCUUGCGCCGUGCAGCCUACGAUCUACUGCGGUAAGUGUGCUGCUUGCAAGGCUGGUGCCGAGAAUGCGUGCCACACAGGCGGAUUCAUCGGACUGAGCGGCUGGGGUGGCGGCCUGAGCGAGGCGGUGUCGGUGCCCGCGGAUCAGGUCUUCCCUUUGCCCGAGGGCAUCCCUCUCGAGCUGGGCGCCUUGGUGGAGCCGCUUUCGGUAGCUUGGCAUGCCGUCUCUGCCACUACUGUCACGUCAGAGUCCAAUGUUUUGGUGAUGGGAGGCGGUCCGAUCGGGCUGGCCGCUGUAUUGUGUUUGAAGGCGAAGGGGGUUUCGAAUAUCAUGGUAGCGGAGAUUGCCACCGCCAGGCAAAAUUUCGCAAAGGAGUUUGGAGCAGCACACAUCAUUGAUCCCAAGAGCCAAGAUGUUAUGGAGGAGGUGAUGAAGAUUACUGGUGGCAUUGGCGCUGAUGUCACGCUUGACUGCGCAGGUGUACCGGCUAGUGUCAAAGCUGCGUGCAUGGCCGUCAAGACACGCGGCACGGUCAUCAAUGUUGCGAUCUGGGAGAAGGAAAUUCCCUUCAACCCAAAUUGGGUAACGUGGAGAGAAAGCUCGUAUAAGUCUGUACUUGGAUAUCAGAAGAAGGAUUAUCAGGCCGUGAUUGAGAACUUGAAAACAGGAGCCCUCAAACCUGCCUCCAUGAUCACGAGGAAGAUUCCAUUGGACGAUCUUGUAGAACAUGGUAUCAAGGCGUUGAUUACGGAUAAGGACAACCAAGUCAAGGUUUUGGUUGAUGUUGGUGCUUCUCUAUGA